AUGGGCCACGAUAACAGUCAAUACGACACUCCGGAGGAGAUUCAAAGCUGUUAUUCAACACUUGCAAACACAUUCCGUCAGGGGAAGACCAAAGAAGUGGCCUGGCGCAAAUGGCAGUUGAAGCAGCUUUGGUGGCUAAUCGACGACAAUGAAACCGCUCUCCUGGAUGCGCUCCAGAAAGAUCUAAAUCGGUCUCACGGCGAAAGCUACCUCACAGAUUUGUCAGGCAUCCGGAGUGACAUACUCUAUCACCUGGACAACAUCGAUUCCUGGACGGCAGAUGAGGUGGUCGGCGAUGAUUUCAUCACCAGGAGCCUUGGAAUAGCUCGAAUUCGAAAAGAACCCCUCGGGGUAGUUCUCAUUAUCGGUGCAUGGAACUUUCCUCUUCUGUUGGUCCUGCAGCCGCUCAUCGCAGCUAUAACUGCAGGCUGCUGUGCUAUUAUGAAGCCAUCCGAGCUGACCGAAGCUUGCCCAACACUGCUCCGAGAACUCGUUCCGCGGUACCUCGAUCCCACAGCCAUUAGAGUGGUUUGUGGCGGCGUCCCGGAGACAACGGCGUUGCUGGAACUCCCCUUCAACCACAUCUUCUUCACCGGCUCAGGGAAUGUUGGAAGACAUGUCAGCAAAGCAGCAGCAAAGCACCUCACGCCUGUUACGCUGGAGCUAGGGGGUCAGUGUCCCGCUAUCGUCGGUCGAACAGCAAACGUAGACCAGGCAGCAAAGCGCAUCGCGUUCGCCAAGUUUCUCAACGCCGGGCAGAUAUGUUUUUCUGUCAAUCAUGCCUUUGUCCACCCGGACAUCUACGAUAGCUUUAUCAAGCGUUUGCAAUUCUAG